AUGGUACUGGUUGAAGUGCCCGUGGCGGAAUGUAUGAGGAGGACGAAUUCGUUUUCACUUUCACCGUCAACUCCGACACGUGAGCGCCGAAAUGCAACCCUAAGCAAACCCAGUUCAACGAAAAAGAGGCCACGCGAGAGCCUUUCAAGCAGACGAACUCCCAACAAGAAGCCCAAAGCUGAUUCCGACUCAAUGGAGGUGCUGGUAACGCUCGUUGGUAGAAUUGCAGCCGCGAGGGAGGCUGAAAUCACACUUGCAAGAGAACAGGAUCAAGAGGCUGCUAUCCGAGUGCGUUCUGAGCACUACAAGAUGCUCGAUGAUAUCCGCAAGCGCAUCGAUAAAAUCGAAUGCGAAAUGAGCUCAGCGGCAAGUCCAAAAAAGCACCGUCUUCAAGUUGAUUUAGACUUUUUCCUCGAAGAACGUCAGAGAAUCAUGGAUGCAGUACGCACUCAAAAUCUGUAA